AUGCACACAUUUUCCACAUUACCCGUCGAACUUGUUUAUCGAAUUAUGGAUCACCAAAAUGCGCAGACACUAUUUUGCUCAAUGCAAAAUAUUUCUCGGCGGCUCAAUCAGAUCCUGAGCACCUAUGAACGAUACCGAACACUAACCAGACUAAGCCUCGCCCGUAGCGAAAUCGGUGAUGAAGGGGCACAACACGUUGCGGAUGCAUUGCGAACGAACACAACACUCACCACACUAAACCUCAAUUGGAACGGAAUCGGUAAUGAAGGGGCACAACACGUUGCGGAUGCGUUACGAACGAACACGACACUCACCACGCUAUAUCUCACCCUCAACAGAAUCGGUGGCGAAGGAGCACAACACAUUGCGGAUGCGUUGCGAACGAACACAACACUCACCACACUAGACCUCGAGCAGAACGGAAUCGGUGCUGAAGGGGCACAACACGUUGCCGAUGCGUUACGAACGAACACGACACUCACCACACUAAGCCUCGUCCGUAACGAAAUCGGUGAUGAAGGAGCACAACACAUUGCCAAUGCGUUGCGAACGAACAAGACACUCACCACACUAAGCCUCGUCCGUAACGAAAUCGGUGAUGAAGGAGCACAACACAUUGCCAAUGCGUUGCGAACGAACAAGACACUUACCACACUAAACCUCGGAAGUAACGAAAUCGGUGAUGAAGGAGCACAACACAUUGCCAAUGCGUUACGAACGAACACGGCACUUACCACACUAAACCUCGGAAGUAACGAAUUCUACGCUGGAGGAGCAAAACACAUUGCGAAGGCGUUACAAACGAACACGACACUCACAACACUAAACCUCUUCGAUAACGAAAUCGACGAUGAAGAAGCACAACACAUUGCGGACGCGUUGCGUAGGAAUGCAAGCGUUAAUAUGGUGUAG